AUGGCAAAUCUGCCCGCACGCUCGCCUUCAGACUUCCAACACUCGAAUCGACGUGCUCCAGACACUCUUGCCUCUGCUCAUUCACCUUCAUCUCAGUCACCUUUUUCCCGCAGACCAAGAGUCACUCGUUCAUCCGCAAGGCUCGCUACGGAGUCUGGCGUCUCCCCAACUUCCCCUACCGAGCCGAGUACCUUACCGAAUCAGCCACCGCCGGCAUCGUCGAAAAAACGAAAGGCAUCAAAACGUCGAGCCUCUAGCCCUACCCAGGCCGAAGAGACAAGUCCACCUUCGGCGCGGCGGGGAAAGAGACAGAAGUUGGCCGAGCCGCAGCAAACCCAAUCUACUACCACCCCAACAGUUCCUCCAUCUACUCGCCGAAGAAACGCAGCGAACGAGGCGGCAAUGUCUAAUAAUGGUUCCUCAUCCAAAUUCACAGACGAGCCAACAAAGCAGAUAUCUUCCAAGUCGACUUCAAAACGUCCACCCAGCCGAAACAGCAAGAAGUCGCCCUCAACAGAUGCUGCUACACCAACCUAUCCUGCCUCCUCGCGCCGUUCAAAGAAACGUUUAAGUAAGAAGGAUCGAGAUGCCUUCAUGAAGGACGACGGCGAGGAAGACCACCAGAACGAGAAGGCCGUCAGUGAAGACCGGGGCAGUGUGCCACCAUCUCAGCGGUCAAGCCGGAGCGAUAGCAACGACGGAGACGAUCAGAGUGAGAUGGACGAUGAAGACGGUCCCGAUCCCUUUGCGGCCGCAUUGUUCGGCUCCGGCCGAGGGGCGCCUUCAGGACUGUCAAGCACUCUUAGGGCUCUGAGUGGCAUCAUGAGCGGCAUGUCUUCGCGACUGAGAGAUAUCUUGAACAACCUUCGGCAAGUGGACAACCCUACAUUGCAAAUGAUAGCCCUGGAGGAGUUGUCAAAUUUGCUGUUGGUUUCCAACGAGGAUAACCUCUCUGGCCAAUUCUCGCCGGAUCCCUACGUCAAGGAGCUCGUCGCCCUGAUGCAACCGAAUCCCAUCACAGGCGAGGAAAAUCCGGAGAUCAUGCUCCUGGCUUGCCGCUGCAUCGCCAACUUAAUGGAGGCUCUGCGAGGUUCUGUUGCAAACGUUGUCUAUGGCGGUGCUGUGCCUGUCCUGUGCCAGAAGCUACUUGAUAUCCAGUACAUCGACGUCGCCGAGCAGGCUCUGAGCACGUUGUCCAAAAUCUCCGUCGACUUUCCAGCAUCGAUUGUUCGGGAGGGUGGCUUAACUGCCUGCCUACAGUUCCUCGACUUCUUUGCCACGAGUACACAGCGAACCGCCGUUACCACUGCCGCAAACUGUUGCCGGAACAUUCCGCACGAUACUUUCCCUGUUAUCCGAGAUGUCAUGCCGAUCCUCCUGAACGUCUUGUCUAGCCACGACCAAAAGGUAGUUGAACAAGGCUGCCUUUGCGUCACGCGGGUCAUCAACAGUUUCAAACACAGUCCUAAGAAGCUGGAAGAACUGGUUGACGUGCCACUCCUGAAGGCUAUCCUAGGCCUUCUCCUUCCUGGUACCACAAACUUGAUCGGAGCGAAUAUUCACACCGAGUUUUUGCGUGUGCUGGCAAUUGUGGCCCGGGCCAGUCCCAGACUCUCUGCAGAACUACUGAAGAUGAGCGUUGUCGACACUUUGUACCAGAUAUUGACCGGGGUGUCUCCGCCCUCAGAAACUGCUGAUGCGGCUUCGAAAAUUGACAGCGUGGUCAUCAUGCAGGCCCUGAUCCAUAGACCGCGGGAGCAAGUCUACGAGACUUUGAAUGUCAUCUGCGAACUCCUCCCUCGUCCAAAGUUGGCCAACGACCUGGAUUCUGAAGUCCACGCUGCUCUAGGCGGCCAUGAUCACUCCGACGACGAGGUUGCUUCCGGACGCCAGUCGAGAACUGAGAAGCGAAGACAGCUGCUGGAAGAGUGCAAGCCAGAGACGCGCCGAUUCGCAAUGAUACUCCUCCCAACUCUGACGGACGCCUAUUCAAGCACCGUUAAUCUAAGUGUGCGGCAGAAGGUCCUCAUUGCUCAACUCAAAAUCCUUUCCAACCUCGAAAUAUCCGUCAUCGAGGAAGCUCUUCGGCCGGUGCCAUAUGCGUCCUUCCUUGCCUCGAUCCUUUCGCAGGAAGAUCACCCCAGCUUGGUAAUGUUUGCCCUUCAAGCUUCCGAGUUGCUUUUUGAGAGACUGGAAGACAUUUAUCAGUACCAGUUCCAUCGUGAAGGUGUUAUUGGCGAGAUUAAGAAGCUUGCCGAUCGACCUCUUUCCCAGGAAAACAAGCCUUCUAGUACCUCCCAUGGUGAGGAGCACAACAAUGGAGCUGGCAGCAGUGUUGAAGGUCAUGGUGACGCCAACAAGGCGGACAGCACCACAAGUACUCCGUCCAAGCAUCGACACGACUCCCAUGGUGAGGAUGACGAAGACCAGGACGAGGAUGUGGAUGAGGAUGAUGACGAAGCAGAGCCUGAAGAUGAGGACAAUGAGGAUGACCAUGACGAAGACGACAUUGGUGUCAGACAUGAUCAUGACCUAGACGACUCACAAAGCUCUGACUCCUCUGACGAGGACGAAGUGCCUUCUCCUCUCGCCAUCGCGGGGAUCUCUGACUUGGUGGUGGUGCGCGCCAAAAAGUUCUUGGAGAAGUAUGAUACCACAAAAGGCAGACAACUCAAGGAUAAAGCCUCCAAGAUUCGGGCCAAUCUUCACGAACUGGCCAACGACAUCGAAGCCUUUUACAGCCAGCCACGACAGCUGGAGAGCAGCAAUCAGCUUUUCACUCGUCUGGCUGGUUUCUUCGAUGGAGACGCUCUUGAAAGCAUAACCAGUUCCGAAUUGCUAGAUUCUGGGAUCAUCCGUGUUUUGGUCCAGGUGCUGUCCGACGGGUCGCCUACCGCUCAAAAUACUGCCAGAGCACAUUUUGUCUCAGCCUUCAUGGAAUCAACGAAUCAGAGCAGGAUAACGACGACAUCGACAGCGUCUACAGCUACGCCAUUUAGCGUCCUAAUACAAAAGCUCCAGGACCUGUUGAGUCGCGCGGAGCACUUUGAGGUUCUCACCGUCAACAACAAUGCAUCCGAGCACAGUCGAAGUAGUUCCACUUCAAUGCUUUCACGCCAGAUCCGACUGAGGCUCUCGGCUGACGCUGACAGUGAUAUCCCCCUAAUAUACCGUGAGAUGAUUGUGUCCAUCCAUGCUAUAGCGACAUUCAAAGCCCUGGAUGAUUAUCUGAGGCCUCGCUUUCUCAUGUCCGAGCGCCCGGCAUCAGCUCAGCGCCGUCGGGAUAUGCUGCAGCAGAUAGCGAACGCUCGGCUUGCUCAUCUUUCAGGUGCUGCAGAAUCCGGCUUGUUCUCACCGUUCGGUCAGGGGAUCAAUUCUCCAACCACCCCGGGCAGCGGGGAUUCUCGAUCAGCAUUGCGGCUCUCAUCGCGUGCCAAACAGCAACUAGAGGGAGCUGAGACCGCGACAGACAAGAAGCCCACAGAGAAGUCCGAACGGAGACGGUCUACACGGCGAGGUCAAGCAUCAUCUUCUAGCCUACCGCCUGCAUUAGCCCCGGAACCAAGCACAGAGGAUUCAGGCGACAAGCUCGAAUGCGCCGAUGAAAAGGUCCUGGAAGACGACGAUGGUCCUGAAGGUGAUGGUGGCGGUCUAGAAGCUUUCGUUGACGGUCUUGAGGAUGACGCCUCCGACAGUGACGCGCCUGAACCAGGAGCCGUCAACAUGGAGGUUGGAUCUUCGGGAAAGGUGACCGCUCGCCAGGAGGACGGAACGAGGGUAUUUACACCUCAACCCGGCACACCAGCCCCUGCCAGCACACGACCCGCCUCAUCUGGCCAAUCUCCCGGUCAAACUCCUGCCAGUGGGGGUGGUCGUCCAUCAUAUGCUGCGGCUCUCGCAAGCACGCCACAGGAUUGGCACAUCGAGUUCAGCAUCGAUGGUAAAGUGAUCCCCAACCAGACUACCAUCUACCGAGCCGUUCAUCACAACCGCGAGCACGCCCUGGAACAGAUCUCCCACACUGUCUGGUCAGCCGUCCAUACAGUCAAGUUUCGAAAAGUUCAAGGGCCCCCACCUACUGAGUCUGCUCUCUCUGCAUUGAGUCAGCCACAGAAACAAGGCUCAGAAGGGUUGCCGACAUCGCUCGAUGGCCACCCAGUCACAUCCUCGAUUCUCUCCUUGCUCGGCAUCUUGCAUGAGCUCAAUGCCAACUUGGACGAAAUUCGGGAUUUUAUCGGCGAGUCUGGUUUGAAGCUUCGUCCAGAGUCUCUUGCAUCCUUCAUCAACACCAAGUUGACCGCCAAGAUGAAUCGUCAACUUGAGGAGCCACUGAUUGUUGCCAGCAACUGCUUGCCAGAGUGGAGCGAAGAUCUUGCCAGAGCCUUCCCGUUCCUGUUCCCAUUCGAAACCCGCCAUUUAUUCCUUCAGUCCACAUCGUUUGGCUACUCGCGAUCUAUGAACCGUUGGCAACAUAGUCAAUCGGAGAAUGAUGACCGCCGUGAUCGACGACGAGAUGACAGACCUUUGCUAGGCCGGCCCCAACGCCAGAAGGUCCGCAUUUCUCGUCAUCGCAUCCUUGAAUCGGCCAUGAAGGUCAUGGAUAUGUACGGUGCCUCGCCUAGUGUGCUAGAAGUCGAAUAUUUUGAGGAAGUGGGUACCGGCCUGGGCCCUACACUCGAAUUCUAUUCGACGGUGUCAAGGGAGUUUUCGAAAAAGAAGCUGAAGAUGUGGCGUGAGAAUGACUCGUCCGACCACGACCAAUUCGCGUUUGGGAAGAAUGGGCUAUUUCCGGCCCCGAUGAGCGAGGUGGACAGUCGUGGAGAUGCCGGAAAGAAGCUAUUGUUGUUAUUCAAGGUCCUCGGAAAGUUUGUGGCCCGAUCGAUGCUUGACUCCCGUAUCAUCGACAUAUCCUUCAGCCCGACAUUCUUCAAGGUGGGAGGCGGAAUAUCGACCGUGGUGCCCUCUAUUGGUUUAUUACGAACAAUCGACCGGGACCUGGCGAACUCCCUUUCUCAAUUGCAGCAAUUCGUCAAGGCCAAGACCAAGAUCGAACUUGAUUCUUCCUUGACCCAGGCCGAGAAGGCAGAAGCGAUUGUUAACAUCAUGAUCCAUGAUGCGAAAGUGGAGGAUCUUAUGCUCGACUUUACUCUUCCCGGUUACCCUGGAAUCGAGCUUAUUGAAAAUGGCUCUAAUGUUACAGUGACCAUCGACAACGUCCAGAAAUACAUUGACCGGGUGCUUGAUCUCAGUCUGGGAAGCGGAGUGCGGCCGCAGAUUGAGGCUUUCCAGGCUGGAUUCUCGGAAGUGUUCUCCUACUCCAGUCUCAAAGCAUUCACACCUGACGAGCUUGUCAUGUUGUUCGGCCGUGUGGACGAAGACUGGUCGAUGGAAACGCUCAUGGAUUCUGUCAAAGCCGAUCAUGGUUACAAUAUGGACAGCAAGAGCGUCAAGAAUCUGUUGCAGACCAUGUCGGAGCUCACGCCUGCUCAACGUCGGGACUUCCUGCAGUUUGUCACCGGCAGCCCCAAGCUCCCGAUAGGAGGGUUCAAGAGCCUGACACCGAUGUUUACCGUCGUUUGCAAACCUAGUGAACCGCCUUAUACGUCGGACGACUACCUACCUAGCGUCAUGACGUGUGUCAACUAUCUCAAGCUGCCAGAUUACUCUUCGCAGGAAGUGUUGAAGGAACGGUUGUUUGUGGCCAUUCGGGAAGGCCAGGGGGCAUUCCAUUUGUCCUAA